UGAUCAUUUCUCAAAUCACAAGUAAUCAUGGGUGUUUUCAGUUAUGAAUCUGAGGUUGUUACUUCAAUCCCACCAGCCAAGAUGUUUAAGGCUUGUAUCCUUGAUGGUGACAAGCUCAUUCCCAAGGUUGUUCCUCAGGCAUUUAAGAGUGUUGAGUAUAUUGAAGGCAAUGGUGAGCCUGGGAGCAUCAAGAAAGUUACUUUUGGAGAAGGAAGCCAAUUCAAUUACGUGAAGCAGAAGAUAGAAGCACUAGACAAAGAAAAUUUUGUGUAUAGUUAUAGUAUAAUCGAAGGAGAUGCUUUGAUGAACACUCUUGAGAAAAUAACUUACGAAACCAAAUUAGAACCCUCUGCAGCUGGGGGAUCCAUAUGUAAGACUACUAGUAAAUAUUACAACAUUGGCGACUUACAGCUCAAGGAAGAGGAAAUCAAGGCAGGCAAAGAAAAGGCCUCGGGAAUGUUCAAGGCUAUUGAAGCCUACCUCUUGGCAAAUCCUGAAGCCUACUAAA